AGUGUGCACACAAGGAUGCAGCACAGGCCUGGGAAGAGGGUGCUAGCAGCCAAUGCCAGUGCUUUUCCUCUCCCAGCCCAGUUUGGUCACUUCUGAUGGAUGUUUUCAAAUGCAUCGUGUUCUUUAGGGGUUGUGAAAGCCCACAAACGUGCUUGUGAGCUUAGUAGAUGCAACCUGAGCAAUGGUAGGCAUUACAUCCUUUCCUCUUUGUGAGAGGGGUGUGAGCUUUUCGUCCUAUGGUGUCGUGCUGAUGGGCAUGUCCGCCUUCACUGAGAAGAUGGGAGGGGUUAUCACAGUGGUGAGCAUUGUCAGUGCCUGGUGGUUUAUGUGAGGUGCCACUGAAAAAGGAGGUCUCUUUCCUCAUCCACCCAUUAUCUCUGAUUCCUCUAAAGCUCAAAGGACCAAGUUAGCAGGAACACGAUGAGGCUACCAAACUCAAUUUGUUGUAGACAAGCUGGUUCUUGGUUCAACGGCAGACUGAUGUUUUCCUCUCUUUGUUCUCUUUGCACCCUUUCCCAGCUCACUGUAGGAGGAUCUUCAUGUGCAGGUGGCCCAAGUAAAACCAGCUGUCUGAGGCAGGGAAUGGUCUCCUCCUGUAUGCCUGGCUAAGCAGGAAGUUCUGUUCCGGCACAUUUCUGAGGACAGGGAUGUGGCAGAGGAUGGCCUGAGCUGCCUGUGUCCUCAGCAGGGCCACAACUGUGCAGGACCAGGCUGAGAAAGGUUGCUCCAAGACAUGGCUGUAGAAGAAGUGUCGGAUCUCAUCUACCAGAGCAUCUACGAGCUGAUCCACAAGGACGACAGAGCUGCUUUCCACUGCCAGCUGCACGAUGCCGUUCCUGAUGGAUGCAGUGCUGUGGGAAGCCCCAAUCACCGGUGCCCUGAGCGCUUUGGCUGCAUGGAGAGGAACUUCACCUGCCGCCUGCGCUGCUUGCUGGAUAACUCCUCAGGAUUUCUGGCCUUGAAUUUCCAAGGACGCUUGAAACAACUUCUCGGGCAGCAGAAGAGGGCAUCAGACAUGUCCCUGGAGCCUCUUCCACUCGCUCUCUUUGCCAUCGUGACUCCCUUUCAGCCUUUCUCCAUCCUGAAGCUUCAGACCAAGAUGCUAUUCUUCCAGUCAAAGCACAAGCUGGACUUCACUCCCAUUGCCUGUGAUUCCUGGGGGAGGGUCGUCCUGGGCUACACAGAAGCAGAGCUGUGCAGUAGAGGGUCCGGGUACCAGUUUGUGCACACAGCCGACAUAAUAUGCUGUGCAGAGAGCCAUGUGAGAGUGAUAAAGACAGGGCAGACUGGGACAACAGUCUUCCGGCUGCUGACCAAGAAUGGCUCCUGGGUGUGGCUGCAGGCCACUGCCUGGCUGGUGUACAAAGGGGAUGAGCCUGACUGCAUCAUCUCCCGGCAGCGAGUCCUGUCAAAUGAAGAAGGGGAGGAACAUUUGCGAAAGCGAAACCUUCAGCUGCCUUUCAGCUUUGCCACAGGGGAAGCGAUCUUAUACGGGAACAACUUCCCUGAUUUCCUGGGCUCCUUCCAGGCUAAGGAGGAAUUUCAGACAAAGACAGACUCCCAUACAGUGCAGCAUGCUAUAUAUCCCAACUCUAUUACGGGGGCCAUGAUGGAGCAGGAUACAUCCAUCCAUCUCUCCCACACUGAUGUCCCUCAGUUCACCUUGCCAGAUCUUGAUGCUGAGCCUGAUGGACCAAGCCAAGAUGGAAAAGUUGGUCAUGACAAGGACAGCAGCUCCCUCCUGGUGGCUAUUGAAACCCUCUUUGAGAAGAGUGAGGUGGAUGGAAACAUCUCCCAGAGCCUCACUGUGGGCAGUACAGAGCUACAGAAGUGGGAGGACACUCUUCUUAGCUUGGACAUGGAGGAGCUGCCAUCUGAGGACUUUGGUGAGAGGCUGAGCAGUGAGUUGCCCUCUUACACGGAGCAGAUGCUGUUUAGGGAGGGUGAUGGAAAGAGCAUGGAGUUCUUGCACUGCAGUGAGGAAGACUGUUCUGUGGCUCAAUUCCAGCACUGGGGAUUUAAUCCAGAAGUUCCCCAGGCAUUUCAAGCCCCAUGGCAGCCCCAGGCAGCUGGUGCACAAGGCCAGGAUGCUGUGCUCUCUCUGGGCUCUGUUAUGCCAGAGGGCAGCUCUGCUCCAGUGGAACAACAGAUCCUGAUUAACCCUGCCAGUCUGAAGGAGGGAAUGCUUCUGGAUGCCCUGGGCUUCAGCAGCAAGCCCUGUGCAGUGGAUCAGUUGGUCAACUCAGGACUGGAGUUUCAAGCGGGACUUCCCACCUCUAUUCCCAUAGACACCAUCAUUCCUGAUUGCCAGAGCCAGUCUGAGUGUACUCUGACAGGCGUGAGCUGCCUACCUCCCUUGGACUCUAGUACUCUAGUGUCUCAGUGGCAUGAUGUCCCAGUGUGGGCAAAGCUGGGCAGCACUUUGGGUCAGAGCACUUCCCCAGGAGGUUGCCCACUGGAUGCUUGGAUGACAGCUCCAGAACAGCUGGAAGCAACAGGAGCAUCCUUGGAAUCACAAAUUGCACUGAACAGCAGCUCCCAGAGCUGGGGUAGCUUCCCCAGACAGCCCCAUUGCAAUGGGGAGCAGGUCCUACUCAGCAAGGACGCAUGGCCCCAACCUCAGGGACUUGUGCUAGGGAUCAAUGUGUGCCCUGGCACGCAUCAGACAGACAACAUUAUGCUGCAUCACUAUGAGUAUAGAACAAGCCAGGGUGUCUUCAGGCACGGGAACUCCUUUCUUGGGGAUGCCAUUAAAACACCUACGAGUGCUUUACCUUGCACAAACCACCCUGGAACAUCGACAGGAUUGAGUUCGAGCUGCUCAGCAUCUCCCUCUGCAGAGGUGGGAGCAAGGGCGUCCCCCUGUGAGCUGGAUUCUGUCUUUCCACUGUCUUCCUUGGCAGGCAGGCAGCCCCUCUGUGCAUGCCAUGUCCAGCUGAAGGUGUGGGGUGGGGACUGCAGGACCUGAGGGCCAGUGGGUGGCACCUUUGGAGAGACAGUGGGAUGAGGUAGCUGCAGCUGUGUGUACACAGUGACUGAGCCCUGGGUAGGAAAGAGAUGCUUCAAACCACAUGGAUGGCUCCUUCCCCUGGUUUUGUCCCUACCUUUACCCAUGCCAUCAGAUGGAGGAUGGUGUGGUUUUGCCAAAGCAAUGAGAAAGGCAUCAAGGGAGGCAGUGCCUGCCGUCUGCCUCUGUGCUUAGGACCAAUUCUGUAGCUUAAAAAUUUGUUUCUGAGACAGAGCUCCAUCAGCCCUGCAUCUAUUCACACCUCACCAGGUCCAGGGAGGGAUGCUGCAGGAUGCCCUGUGGCCUGGGCAGGUCAUCAGCACUGGGAGGGACGGGGUUGAGCGGUGGGGUGCAGGCAGCAGAGCAACGCUGGACCCUUCUACAGCAGCCUGGAGGAGCACCUGAUGAGAGCCUUACACAUUGACCAGCCUCAAACCUUGCAGUGCUCUGCCACUGCAGGCUGCAGCAGACCCCUGCUGCUCUGUUCCUUGCAUCUCAGCUCUGUGCGUUAUGUAUGUGCAUCCGUGGAUUGUUUUCAUGGCAGUGUCUCAUUUUCCACUUUGUGAUUUCUUUGUAUGUCGUUUGCCAGUGUCAGGGUGGAAGAAAAGAUGGACUGCAACUCACUCUCUGCAUUUUGUUGUGUAUUAAAAGGUGAUUUGCUGUGUA